GUAGCUUGACAUUGAGCAUACUGUCAAAGCUGCGGCUGAUAGGCAGCUACGAUGGACUGUCUCGACGAGCCUCUGCAUUUGCAGAUACUCUCGUCACUCGCUACCAGCUUGGCAAAGAGUCAACCUGAAGAGACCAAGGCGAAUGGCGAUGCGACCCCUAACGGCGAUGUUAAGGCUGAUGACGGACGCCUCGACGUGAUCACCAGGGGACUUCCAGAGGUGCAGAGUGUCUCCAAUGGAACUCUGCGCAGCUCUGAUGACAACGAGACCGAAGAUGAAGACUGGACCGAAUUCGAGAUCAACCAUGCUAUAUCCUACGCUCACUAUGUAGUGGCCUUACCUCUUGGAUCACCACAGCUGAAAGCAGCGUUGCGUAGGGUGAAGGACCUCCUGAGCGGUCUUUUGGCCCAAGGCAGGCAGUCUGGGACCAACUCGUCACCAUCUUCGUCGACUAGUCAGACCUCGGAAUUGAAUCUCUCGGGCACACAUCACCAAGCAAGACUCUGCGAACAGCUUAUCAAAGCGUUACUAUGGAUCUCAUGGACAGACGAAGCGUCGAACAAAAUUGCGGCUGAGGUAUUGAAUCAUCUGUUCGAAGACAUCGGAGAGCUUCUAACGACCGGCGGGUCCAUCACAUUCCCGCUGGUCCUGCUGAACUCUGCUCACUUGGUGCUCUCCCGAUGCUCUAUUCCUGCUCUUGUGGACGGCUCUUUGGCGACGGUCCUCGAUUCCCUCCUCAAGAUCGCUUCGCCCUCGAAUCUAGUCAAAGUCCUCCACCAGAACUCUCAUCAUUCGAGCUUUCGUCACGCCCCCUCAAGAUUCUCAUUCAUCGCGCCACAUCCACUCACACCCGCGGGAGUUGUCACGAUCGUUUCCGAAAUAGCCAAUAUCCUGCUGGCGGGCAGUCUUCUGCCAUCGAAGGACCCCGAGCGAAGGCCCUUCAUGACUCCAUCGAACAUUCAUUGGACGUCCACUGGUAUACCUGAAGAGCCUGACAUGCAUCACUCUGUUCUCAGUGUACAGAUCGAAAGUCUGAUCUCACAAUCGAUCAGUCUGCCGGUGGAGAAACGGCUGUUCGGGCAGAAUAAUACCAGUGCAAUAGGCGAUGAAUGGGACAAAGCUGCACUCAAGUGGUGGAACGAAGCGUCUGCGCCGAUGCACGAUGGAUCCGACACGGGCCAUGGAGAUUCUGGCCGCCGAGAAAGUCUGUUCUCGUUAGGCGAAGCGGUUGUGGACGAAGAAAUCGAAAUGAGCGUCACGGUCUUGCACCUCCUCAACCUGCUCAACCUACAUCGCGAAGAGCCUAGCUCGACUCAUCUAUCACGAUUGACCAUGCUUUUGUCCGAGAACUCCACCGCUUCCGACUGCAGAGUCUUUGAGACUGCGUUUAUCUGCACCUCGAUGAUCGUCAGGAAUCAUCCUGCCCUCGGCACGAACAUGACACUGCACAUUCGAAGACUGUUGAUGACUCCCCUGCCGGCCUUUGAGAGUGGCAUGAAUUGCGCAGCCGGAGAUGUACCGCCGGCUGUGAAAUCAGCGUCUCGCUGCCUGGCCAUCUGCAUUGAGAUGUCUCCAAACGACGACCUGAUCUCAUCGACUCUCUACUCGUUGCUCAAUCUCCUACAACACGGCGGCUCUGCUUUGGGCUCGAGCGUCGCCCAAUCUUUGCGAUCACAGCCUGCACCGCUCCGCGAUGGUGAAACUAUCGGCACAUUGAGUACACUCUCUAACGGCAAAAAGACGGAAGAGCAAAAGAUGCUGGUCGCCUUGACAGCGGUGGAGGUGGUCUCUUGUUUAAGUUUGGAUCUGGGCAGAGAUGAUAUCAUUCAUCUUAGCAUCUCACUGCUCCUCCAACGGCUCCGGGGAGUCGACUUGAUGAUCGAGAGCGCCAUUGUGACCAAUUUAGUACCACUGGCCCUGGCAGCUUCAGACGCAGAUGUGGUGGAAGUCUAUCGAGCAUUCUCACAGAUAUCUCGCUCUGCGCACCCAGAAGACCCGCGUAUGACUUCGAACGCUGUCCUUGCAGCUCAAACGCGGCUCGCAAGGGGCAUGGUCAAACGACUGCGAUGUGCCGAAGGAUACUUGGUGGAUCUAUUGUCGCUGUUCGCCGAUAAGGGAACUCAAACUCAAAUGAUUGCCAUGUCUGGGAUAAAUUUCGAAACACGGGACAAGGAGAAACAAGCAUUAUUAAAGAGGGAGAGCGAGGACCGAGUAUCAGAUAUGAAGGCCUGGAUGGGGGCAUUGUUCAUUCCUCUUUCGACACUGCUCUCACAUGAGUCAUUCAAUCCUGCAAAAGGUGCCUCGGCCGAACUCGUUAGUCUCUUCAGGAACUUUUGGUUUCUCUGUGUGGCAUUCGGUUUGAGCGGUCCGGCUGGCGAAAAGAAGCUGUCAGAGUAUGAGUGGAAGGCUCUGGGAGAUAUCGCCGUGAAGACACCUGCGUUGGUCCAAGAGGAUGCAGUGGACUUUGUGGACAGUGAUCUCGAAUACAACUCGAUCCUCAGAAAGGACUUUGCCGCCUCGAUCGCGAACAAGAACCGCGCAACGCUCCAGGAGUACCUCGCCAGUCAGAAGAGCGGCUAUGAAAUUCGGACAAUGUCGGCUCCCCAGACCACGUUGUUGAUCGCCAUUUGUGAUCUCGAACAAAUGCGCGCUGCAGCCUUCCAGCCUUCUAUCAUGCUCGAGUAUUUCAGUAAUGAGUCUUUGAAUUCGAGCUUUCUCGCUCCUCCUCUUGUGACCAUAGGUCAAAAGGUCUCAUCGACUUUCCUGAAACAACUCAGUCGACAGGUAGUGAUACAUCGCUCGCCUCCCAUUGUCGCUCAGGAGACAUGCCGCGUCCUCGUCGCUUGCACGCACAGAUUCCGCAAGACUCGAGAAGUCGCCAGAACAUUUGCCAAGCAGAUCCUCGAGACAUUCUCCGCACUGCUUUGCGAUCGCCAGGUGGUCUUCACUUUACUCGAGAUCCUAACUCUGAUGAGACGGAGUUGCGAAAUGCAAUUUACCGAUGAGUAUUCGCCGAUUCACGAAUUCAAGUCGGAUAAGAUGGCUUUGACGCUAUCUUUGACUGACGAUUACAUGGCUCGGAAUGAAAUUACGACUCAGCUGUUCGAGCUGGCGAGUAAUUGGCUUUCGUUAGCCAUCUCCCGUGCCCCGCUAGAAGUGCAAUCGACUCUACAAUCCUACUUGAACGAGUCUCGAGACGUGCUACUCAUUGACAGCGUCGAGAUGGGGGCGGGAUUGGCGUUGCAUUAUUGCAAAGCUAUCUCAACGCUCGACAGGCAGGAGGCGAUCAUGCCGAAAAUUGGCUCCUGGCCUGCGGACAGCUCGAACUUGGUGGCGAGCCAAUUCGCAGCGAAGAAUUACUUCAACGGAGAACUGAGUGGUGCUCGACACAUUUUGGAGCAAGGUCUUUCCAAUCUUCAGCAAGGAUCUCCUGUCGAAUCGUCCAAGGCUGAGUUGCAUGCUUUCAAGACCCAGAUGGCGGACGCUGUGCGAAAGGUUCGGAACAAGGAACACUUCUCCAUUCCUGAUCUACGACGGCUCUUGCUCCGGGCUUCCUCCGUGUUGACCUCUUCCUCAACUGUCGACCAAGACGUCAUACAUUACCUCGUGGAACUGCCCAUGGCUGCAUUUACUCCGUUGGCGAUUGCAGCCGGUGUAGAUGCUUGGACAUGGCUCUUGCGUGAGAAGCCCGAGGCGGAAGUGGCUCUGCUGGGGGAAAUUUCUGCGAGCUGGCUCGAGACCAUUCGAACGGAGAAGGGUCUGUUCAGUACCUCCAUGAACUAUGCGGACCCCUUCGCCGUGCCGGUCGAAUAUUCCCCUACUGAUAAGCAAAUUAUAAACCUGGAGCUGGCCAAAGCGAAGCGAAUGCUUCGCCCUCACUUGCUUUUGAUUCAAGUCUUGUCAAGUCAGUUCCAAGCUAUCAAAUAUCGCGAGCCUGGAAUCAUGAUCGCCUUGACUCGCUUGAUGAUGCGAUCGUUGGGCGCGGCACACAAGAUGAGCACGCAUCCCCUUGCUCGAGAAGUACGAUUCUCCCUGCUUCUCUUUGGCUUCCAGAUCCUUGCUUCGUCCCGUAUGGAGGCGCUGCUGGAGUUGCGACUUAGAGACCGGCUCUACGCCGCAGCUUAUGCUUGGUUCUCUGUCCGGCCUCAAUGGUCGUUUGGAAGUGACCGCAUUCAGGUUGGAGCGGAAAUCAAGCUUUUGCAGGAUUUCGCUAGAGCCAUCGCGGAGGAUCAUGUUCGCGGAGAUCACUCGACAAGCAGCAUGUCGGAUAGAAGUCCAGCUCUGCUGAUCAGAGGGUCUACAACGCUUCACGAGUACAGUGUUCAGCAUCGAGAUAGGAUCAAAAUUCUUCAACUACUGGUUGAGAAUGAGAUCAGUCGGUUGGCGGUCUGGUACAAUCCAGGUGGUGAGACCUCGCGAGGCAUGUUGGCAACGGGUGCCCUCGAGAAGGGAGUAACCAAUGACGAGUGGACUCGCCUCAUUUCCAAAGCUUGGACCCUGUCUCCCUCCAUGGCCGUACACAUGGGCGAACGGUUCAAGCAAUUCACGGUUCAGAACGAGAUAGGUAGAUUGGUUCGAAGCAACCCUAAAGCCGUGGUGGAUGUGCCAGAGGCUCUGCACUAUCUAUUGGGCGAGAAGCUUUCUCAAUCCAAUUCUGGCGCACUGAAGUGGCUACCUGUGUGGGCGGCCGUACCGCCCGUCACUGCCUUGGCGUACUUCCAACCUCGAUUUGGGAAUCAUCCACUCAUCCUGCAAUAUGCCAUGCGUGUUUUGGAGCAGUAUCCAGUCGAGUUGACAUUCUUCUUUGUACCGCAAGUAGUCCAAGGGCUCAGAACGGAUAGGUCUGGCUACGUCGAGCGUUUCAUCUUCGAGACAUCUAAGAUUUCGCAACUUUUCUGCCAUCAGAUCAUCUGGAACAUGAAGGCAAAUAUGUACAAAGAUGACAAUGCGACCGAACCGGAUUCGAUGAAACCGAUGUUGGACCGGAUGAUCGACAUGAUCGUCGCUGAUCUCUCUGGCAAGGCCAAAGCUUUCUACGAUACAGAAUUCACAUUCUUCGACGCUGUCACCUCUAUCUCCGGCAAGCUAAGGCCAUUUAUCAAGGCGUCAAAACCCGAGAAAAAGGCAAAGAUCGAUGAAGAAAUGGCCAAAAUCAAGCUCGAAGUCGGAGUCUACUUGCCCAGUAAUCCUGAUGGAGUGGUUAUCGAUUUGGAUCGCAAAGCUGGUCGACCACUUCAGAGUCAUGCAAAGGCGCCAUUCAUGGCCACGUUCAAGGUCCAAAAGGAGAGACUUGACAUUGAGCCUGAUUCGUCCAACGACUUGUCUGACGAGAAGGCCUUGGUAAAGCGCAAAUUUGAUACGUGGAUCUCUGCCAUUUUCAAAGUCGGGGACGAUUGUCGACAGGACAUGCUCGCUUUGCAAGUCAUCGCCAUGUUCAAGAAUGUCUUUACGCGUAUUGGAUUGGUUCUAUAUCUGUUCCCAUAUCGAGUGACAGCGACUGCUCCAGGCUGUGGUGUGAUUGACGUCGUGCCCAACGCAACAUCGCGUGACGAGAUGGGUCGAGCUAAGAUCAAUGACUUGCUCGCAUACUUUAUCGACAAGUAUGGCGGUGUCAACACGGUCACUUUCCAAAAGGCCCGAUUAAACUUUAUCCAAUCUAUGGCGGCCUAUUCUGUUUCAUGCUACAUCUUGCAGAUCAAAGACCGACAUAACGGAAACAUCAUGAUUGACGGCGAGGGGCAUAUUGUACAUGUGGACUUUGGAUUCUUGUUUGAUAUAGGUCCAGGAGGAAUCAAAUUCGAGCCAAACUCCUUCAAGCUGAACCACGAGAUGGUGGCUCUCAUGGGCGGCCGAGAAUCCCAAGGAUACAAAAUGUUCACUGAGCUCACUAUCAAGGCCUUCCUUGCUAUCCGACCACACGCCGAUCAAUUGUGCGAUGCGUGUCAUUUGAUGCUUGGGACUGGACUUCCUUCCUUCAAAGGUGAGGGAACCAUCAAGCGCCUCAGGGAUAGGUUCGCCUUGCAUUUGAAUGAAAAGCAAGCUGCAGAAUUCAUGAUGGGUGUCAUAAGAAACGCUCAUGAGAAUGUGAGGAGCAAUGUGUAUGAUGGGUUCCAAAAGUUGCAAAAUGGAAUUCCUUACUAGAUUGUGCGUGUGGAUUUCGGGAGUCAGUCUGUCUCAUGCGUAAUGUCAUGCCCUGUCCUGCUCUUCACGAUAAUGCAUUUGGUCCUUGCA